UACAAUUUACCUUUUAUUUUGAAAUGUUCAAUUUAUGCCAAUAGCUGGGUUCAUGCACGCAAACAUAUACAACAGAAAAUUUCCACUCCAAAUGCCAACCAGCAACAACAGCCUAAUUGUUUCUCAUUUGUCACAUGGCUUUAAAAGCUGUGUUUUGGUGGGCGUGGCCUUGUGUGUUUGGGGCGUGGCUCUGCUUGUUCACACAUUUGCCUUGUUCAUCAGCAGGAUAGGCAGAGCCCAGGGCUGAACCGGGAUACUCAGUGUACUACAGUGUACUACAGCGUACUACAUAAUUGCAGCAUCUGUGGAGUGGAGUGUUUGCGCUCGUGCGUCCUGGCAGCAUUGAGCUCGCACUCUAGUUCCUGCGUCAGUUGUCCAAGUUGGAAAGUUCUGAGCGCGCGGAGCAGCCUCGGAGUUUUGCGUGGUUUUUGGGGGGGGGGGAUUUGGCUGUGGUCGUUUUGCUGCUUCGCUCUCCAGGAAAGGGAAGGAGGAGGACCCGCGCUGCCGCCGGUCUCGUGUCUUCUUUGUAUCCAGCAGCAGCUGUGUGUAAAUGCAUGGGCGCACAGCGUCUCUGCAGCUCUGUGAAGGACAGCAUCCUGGACUCCGUCCAACCGGCCAGUAGGCUUUCUCAGAAAUGAAGCGGCUGAGCGAGGCGUAGGAAGAAAGGAAUAGCGAAAGUUUACCUGUCCUCCCCCCUCCCUCCCUCCCGCUGCCUCCGUGUCCUCCCCAACAAAGCGUGGGUCAGUUUCCCCGCCGCUCCUCCGUCCCUCUCCGAGCGCGCUUGGAUUGUAAACGCAUUAAGUGUUCGGGCUACAACUCCAGCUGCGCGCCAUGGAUGUAAGGUUUUAUCCGUCUGCUGGGGGGAAUUCUAUUCCAGGAGACCCAGCAAACUUGGAUUUUGCCCAUUGUUUGGGCUACUACAACUUCAACAAGUUCCAGAAUAACAACAAUUACAUGAACAUGGCCGAGGCAAACGGCGCGCUGCUCGCUGCUGGGGAUACUUUCCACACACCCAGCUUGGGAGAUGAAGAGUUUGAGAUUCCUCCCAUAACGCCUCCGCCGGAGACGGAGCCCGGUCUGGGACCAGAAGUGGACUCACCGUUCCCGCAUAUGCCAGAACCCCCAGCCCUGCACAGGGGUCACAUGAUCCCCCAAUUCCCCCCACAGAGCCUGGAUCUGCCCUCUAUCACCAUCUCCCGCAACAUGCUUGACCAAGAAGGGAUGUCUGUCAACACAGGCCAUCCUGUGAAUCUUGGACAAGGACAUCUCCGUCAAUACCCAUCCAAUCCAUCCAUGGUGAUGAAGUCAAUCAUAGGCAUGAACAGCCCAAAUGCUAUGAUGUCACGGAAUCAAAUGACUGCCAUCAAUCAGUCUCAGCUUAACGCUUCAGUGAGCCUGAACAUGGCAGGUCCCAACAUUGCUCACACCUCGCCCUCACCUCCUGCCAGCAAGUCUGCCACGCCCUCUCCUUCCAGCUCCAUCAAUGAAGACGAGCAGGAUGAUGGCAACAGGGUGGUUGGAGAGAAGCGACCAGCACCAGUAGAUCCAACAAAGAAGCCUAAGACUCCUAAGAAGAAAAAGAAGAAGGACCCCAAUGAGCCUCAGAAGCCAGUGUCAGCGUAUGCUUUGUUUUUUAGAGACACUCAGGCUGCUAUCAAAGGUCAAAAUCCUAAUGCCACCUUUGGAGAAGUCUCCAAGAUUGUAGCUUCAAUGUGGGACGGCCUAGGAGAGGAACAGAAACAGGUUUAUAAAAGCAAAACUGAAGCUGCCAAGAAAGAAUAUUUAAAAGCUCUGGCUGCAUACCGUGCCAGUCUGGUAUCUAAGGCUGCAGCAGAGUCAGCUGAGGCCCAGACUAUUCGAACAGUCCAGCAAACCUUGGCCUCCACUAGUCUGUCUCCUGGCCUGGUGCUGCCUUCACCGCUCAAUCAGCACCCUUCCAUGCCAUCAGCUGCCCAGGCGCUGCAACAAGCCCUUCCACGAGCCAUUGCCCCCAAACCACUGCAGAUGCGACUAGGGGGCAGCCAGAUCGUGACUUCGGUUACAGUUUCCCACCAGAAUAUGUCCCCUGGGAUGCCGCCGCAGCUGAUGGGCCAGAUGGGUGCUGGAGGGUCCAUAAUGGCAAGUGCCCAGUCCACAGGGGUGUCUCAGAUGAGUCCGCCCAUGCAGCCGGUGCAACAACAUGCCAUGCAGCAGCUUCAGCAGCAACAGCAGAUGCAGCAGCACCUCCAGCACCAUCAGAUGCAACAGCAGCAGAUGCAUCACCAGCAGAUCCAGCAGCAGAUGCAGCACCAGCAUUUCCAGCAUCAUCUCCAGCAACAGCUGCAGCAGCACCACAUGCAGCAGCAGCACCAGCAGCAGCAGCAGCAACAACAACAGCAGCAGCAGCAGCAGAUGCAACUGCAGCACAUUCAAAUGCAGCAUCAAAUGCAUCAGCAGCAGAUCCAACAUCUCCAGCAGCAGCAGCAACAGCAGCAGCAGCACCAGCCUCAGUGUUCCCCAUCUCACCCCUCUCCUGGUACCCCCCAUUCAGUGGGAGGUUCUGCAUCGCUUGGCAGCCCCCAGCCAACCCCACAGCAGCAACCACACCCCUCCCAAAUUCAGGCCCACGCCCAGGUCUUGUCCCAGGUCAGCAUUUACUGAGCCAAAUAAAAAUCCUAUCUCAAAGAACAGGAAUAGAAUAAAAGCAUCGUUCCAUGUUGCUUUUCUAAGUUGCACUUAAGAAGUGUGUAAGAUUUAGAAUGUUAUACAAAGAACUUGUCCUUUGUUGUAGACAGAUAUGCACAUACAUGUACAGGGAGGCAAAAACUUUAGCUGGGGUUUUGUUGAUAAAAUAUUAUGGUGAGCACCCAGGGAUUGUUUGUGAGGUGUUUCAGUUGUUCAUUUAAACUGACUGGUAACAACAUUUGCUUAAGGAAGUCUAUCAGUUUUAUUUAACAGCAAAGCUUUAUUUAUGAGGCCAGAGUUGUCCAUCAAGUGCAGCAUAAGGACCAACAAAAGCAUUUUUAUCGCUUCUUGCCUGGACAGAAAUGACUCACAGGAUCCUCACUGGAAACCAGUACUCGCACACCUUCGUCUUCGUGCACACACCAGACAGCAUAAAGAUGACUUUCCGUUUCUCUGGAACUGCUCAAAUCCUUACAGUGAUGCUCAAAGACACUUUUGAAGCACCUCACUCUUUGACAAAUGAAGACAAUGGGAAAUAAAAAGUCUUGAGAUGCAUUUAUGUGGAAGAAGGACUGAACUGAGGCAGAAACUGCCAUAAAUCAUUCAUGUCAUCACAUCAGACUGUAGCUGUAAUCUGCUGUACAUGUUUUGUAGAGAGGGGAGCAUCGAGAUCUCCUUUAUCAGUAAUCUACCCCAAAAGUGAUUCACCCACAAGGGUGUAGCUGGCAACACCACUCCCACAAGCGUUCGAGAAGCUCCUUCUUUAAUUUGUUUUUAUGUCAGAUGUUUAACAGUUAAAUUAUGCUUUUAUUUUGUGUAACAAAGGGGAUAUUUUAUGGUACAUACAAAUUUCUGGAUCAGGGCAGAUAGUUUGGGGAUUGAAGUAUUUUUACUCUGCUCCUUGAUACUGUCAUUGUGUAAGAAAAAAAAAUUUAAAAGUAAAUUUGCAGAGCCAGUUUGUUGCACUGCCAAAGCCAACUAAAAAGGCAUCGGACAUAUUUUUGCCAGUUGUACAGAAGUCCCUGGGGGAAAAAAAACUAAAAUGUUGUACAUUUUUCAUAUCACCUGUUGUAAAGUUUUAAUAUGUGAGGCUUUAAUUAAAACAAUGUUAAACGACCUGUGGAUUGCUAUAUCACAUAGUGCAUUUCUGCUCUUUUAUACUUUUUUAUGAGUUCAGAAAGCAGCCAUUUGUUUUCUUUGUAUUUUGCUUACAAACCAACUGCAUAUCAAAAGUGUCCAUGGAAUAAAUGCAUAUCAGUUUCUGAAAAGGUGUUUACAACUCACGAUAAAAAACCAACAAACAAAAAAAAAACUUUAUUUAAUGCUUUGUCUAGCCAUCCAGACAAAACCACAGAGACAUUCCAUCAAUAAUUUUUUAGUAACCAUUGUUUUUGUAAGAAGUAUUAUUUCUUUGUGUCUCUGUUCAAAUUAAACUAUCAAUCACAAAUAUUUAUUUGGAGCAAUCAGUUUCUUUGAAAAGCUAUAUUAGCCAUAAUCCUUAUGAGGUAUUUCUUCAUAUUCCCUUGUUAGCUACUGAAAAGAAUAUUAAUAAAUAAUGACAAGGUCACAGUUCCUUACAAAGAAUGAAAAAAUAGAAAUUUGUAUGUUUUCUAUGGAGUACAAGAAAAAAAAACAUUUGCAGGGAUCUAUCAACAUUGGUGUUAGCUUUAUUAUAAUGUGUGCUGUUUCUCAGUGAUUUGAAUGGAAGUCCAUUGUAACUGUGUGUAAAAACAGUGUUGAUACCAGACAAGGUCAGCAUGUAACUGGUACUUGUCUCAAUAACAGCCCCCUUCUCACACA